AUGAGCUUUCAUUUUUCCCUUAUGAGGGCUUUCUAUUUUAGGCUACAAAAUAGGUCUCCAAAAUCGCUUUCCUUUUUCGUUGACCAGUUAGCUACUCAGAGGCUAAGGUCCCUUCUUGAUUUGAGGCUUAACCUUAGGGCUGGAGACUACUCUUCCCAUCUUCCACAUCUGUAUGUUAGGUUAAAGUGUUUUGCUCCAAUGUCUCGGAUAGCUGAGUUGACCACAUCUAAGCCCUCUACUAGUUCUUCUUCAAUGGCCUCCCUUUUUGGGGAUAGCUCUAUCUAUGGAAGAUGCCCUCAAAGACCAGAAGAGGGCUCUCAAAGCUACUCCCAACAAAGGUAUAAAGAAACUUUAAACCAAGAGGCCCAGCAACCCCUUGCCCUUGUAGUCAUUGUACCUCAAAUCAUAGGGGCUCCUAGAAAAAAGGGUAAAAAUGUUCCCCAUGAUCUGGACGAUCUGACCUACUAUUCAGCCAACCUCCCUAGUAACAUUACUGAGCCUUAA